UUCCGAUCAAGAGAAUGCGGAAGUGAUCGAAUGGGAGGAUUUCGAGCAGGAGCUUGCGCGGCUUUGGAGUCUGUCUUCCGCCCUUAAAGAAGCUAAGGAAAAGAAAGAAAGCCUUCAACGGAAGCUCGAAUCGGAUAUUCAGAGAGAAAAGGAGAAAUAUAGAAAUUCAAUCGGAUUUUUCCUGAGAGUUAAAGGUAGUUCUGACCUCAAUUUUUGAAAUGGGGAAUGUGGUUUGUCAGAUGUAGAAUUCUUCAGAACUAAGUCAACAGAGUUUGAUUAUCCAUCGGAAAAAGAAAAAAGAAUUAAUUUGUUUGGCACCAAAAUUUUCCAGGAUUUCAAAUCCUGAAAUGAUGAAUGAUAGAAUCUGGAGUUUUUCUUCUGCUGAUGUUAUCAUGUUCUGGUUGUGAUAACUAAUUACUGAAGCCGCUGGGCCAAGCAUUUAAGGCCAUACUCCAAAAGAAAGCUGUUUUAGUUAGCGGACUAACUACGUUGACUUGGUGUGUGUCCUCUAUUUUCACACCUUACAGAUUAGCGGGCGGCAACAUGUUUGGGCAGGUCAAAGCUGUGUCAAUGAGUCAGUCAAAUGAGCUAGAUGAAAUGCGUCAGAAACUGGAGGUUAAAAAGUUGGUGAUGGGAAACAUGUCAGUGCAUUGCAAGGUAGCUGCAGAGGAUGUUAAAAAGAAAGAGGAAAAUCUUAGAAUUGAAGUUAGAUCUCUAUUGGUAGCUGGUACAGCUCUUUCUAUGGCAAGGAAGCAAUCACAGGAAUCAAAUAGCUUACUGAUUGGAGAAAGAGGUUAUGCACACCUGAAAAAUAUGCACAGGAAGUUACGAAUGAGGCAACAAUAUAUGAUAUCACAAGUGUCCUUACUUUAUCCUGUAAAGAUCUUGGUUGGACCUGCAGAGGAGCAAGAACUUGAAUCAUUUCCAGGAAAUUUCACGAGAUCUAAACCUGUUAAUCAAGGAUCGUUGACAAUAUUAGGUUUGCGUUUGACUGUGCUUCCUUUUACAAAGAUGAGCUUUUUCACUGAUAAGAAGGAGGUUCAGAGGUCUUCAACUGCCUUAGGAUAUGUUGCCCACGCUGUUUUACUUGUAUCUUCCUAUUUGAAAGUUCCUUUGAGGUAUCCUCUACGUUUUGGUGGUUCACGCUCAUAUAUUAAUGAUUACGCUCCUUCGACAGAGCCUACCUUGUCUGACUACUUGUCAGAUAUAACAGUUUCUGGAAAUGUGAAACCUGUAGAAUUUCCUCUGUUUCUGGAAGGUCAAGACACAACAAGAGCAGCUUAUGCUGUAUUUUUGUUAAACAAGGAUUUAGAGCAACUCCUGAAUUUCAUUGGUGUUAAGAGCUUAGGACCGCGACAUCUGUUGGCUAAUCUGAAGGAGCUUAUCAGGACAAUCCAGUCUCCAAAUUACCUAGAUACAUGAUUGAUAUACAAGUUUAUUGUAAUCCACCCACUUGUAAUGAAUUUUCACAUGGGUGCAAAUUUUUUCAAAGGCACUUUCUGUAAAGCCUUGUCCGCCAUUACGAUUCAAUUGAAUCACAAAUCAAGAUAGCAAGAAUUCUUUAAGCAAUGAUGAUUCGUUUGUGUGACAUGUUGCCACAGAAAGUAUCGGCAUCUUAGCUCU